UCAGUCCCGCAGCCGUGUCUAGCGGCUCUAGGCUGGGAGGUGUUUUCUGUUCGUUGACGUUGAAGCUGUUCGCUGUUUGGAAUCAGUAAAGUUUCGGGAGUCACCGCUGCUGUCGUCAACAUGUCGGUCCCAAGCGCACUCAUGAAACAACCGCCCAUUCAGUCUACGGCUGGGGCCGUCCCGGUUCGCAAUGAGAAAGGUGAGAUUUCGAUGGAAAAAGUGAAGGUAAAACGUUAUGUGUCGGGAAAGAGGCCAGACUAUGCCCCUAUGGAGUCCUCAGAUGAGGAGGAUGAAGAAUUUCAGUUUAUCAAGAAAGCCAAAGAACAAGAAGCAGAGCCUGAGGAACAGGAGGAGGAUUCAUCUAGUGACCCUCGUCUGCGGCGUUUGCAGAACCGAAUUAGUGAAGAUGUGGAAGAGAGAUUGGCUCGACAUCGGAAAAUAGUGGAACCUGAAGUAGUAGGAGAAAGUGACUCAGAAGUAGAAGGAGAUGCUUGGCGCAUGGAACGAGAAGAUAGCAGUGAAGAAGAAGAGGAAGAAAUUGAUGAUGAGGAAAUAGAGCGGCGCCGUGGCAUGAUGCGUCAACGAGCACAGGAGAGAAAAAAUGAAGAGAUGGAAGUCAUGGAGGUGGAAGAUGAGGGACGUUCUGGGGAGGAGUCAGAAUCAGAAUCUGAGUAUGAAGAGUACACAGACAGUGAAGACGAGAUGGAGCCUCGCCUUAAGCCGGUCUUCAUUCGAAAGAAGGAUCGAGUAACAGUUCAAGAACGUGAAGCUGAAGCAUUGAAACAGAAGGAGUUGGAGCAGGAGGCAAAACGCAUGGCUGAGGAGAGGCGCAAGUACACACUCAAGAUUGUAGAAGAGGAAACCAAAAAAGAGCUAGAGGAAAACAAGCGGUCCCUGGCUGCACUGGAUGCACUCAAUACUGAUGAUGAAAAUGACGAGGAGGAAUAUGAGGCAUGGAAAGUUCGGGAGCUAAAGAGAAUCAAGAGGGACAGAGAAGAUCGAGAAGCGCUUGAGAAGGAGAAAGCAGAAAUUGAACGCAUGCGAAACCUGACUGAGGAAGAGAGGCGAGCUGAGCUUCGGGCAAAUGGCAAAGUCAUUACCAACAAAGCUGUUAAGGGCAAAUAUAAGUUCUUACAGAAGUAUUAUCACCGGGGUGCCUUCUUCAUGGAUGAGGAUGAAGAAGUAUACAAGAGAGAUUUCAGCGCACCUACCCUGGAGGAUCAUUUCAACAAAACCAUUCUUCCCAAAGUCAUGCAGGUCAAGAACUUUGGGCGCUCUGGUCGUACCAAAUACACCCACCUUGUGGAUCAAGACACCACCUCCUUCGACUCAGCAUGGGGCCAAGAGAGUGCUCAGAACACAAAGUUCUUUAAACAAAAGGCAGCUGGGGUACGAGAUGUAUUUGAACGGCCAUCUGCCAAGAAGCGGAAGACUACUUAGAGUUCAACUACGUAUUCUUCCAGCUAUGGGACACAAGAGGAAGUCUCAGCAUCUGGUCCUUGAUUGCUUUUACCCUUAUUUACAUGGCCCCAGUAUCCAGCCUGUUGGACAUACUGCCAUAGUUGUGACACUGGGCAACCCAGUCUGUGAAGGUGCUUUGUGAGGUUUGGACUCAUGCUGAGAAACCCACAGAAAAGCACUAUCCAGGUAGGAUAAGAGUCCCACUUACUAUUUCUGAGAAAUCAUAGGUUUCAUUACUGCUCUGGCUUCCCAAAUUCACUUGGGACUAUUCCAAGCUUCUUUUUCCAGCUCCUUAGCUUGGGUUACACGGGCAUGUAAGUGGACAAUGCAUUUCUUUUACCUUACAAGAAAUCUAAGCUUAUUGAAACCUGUUUUGCAUUUUUGGUUGGAGUCAAUUUUUCUAGGUGAACAAACUUUUUGAUCCAUUUAUGUAUGUGUGUCAAGGAAUAAAGGAAUUAUACACCGAGAAGUUUUUUAGCAUGAUAUUGGAAAUAAAAUGUGGAGGCUGACAAGUAUCUACCUAUUAACGAAAAUAAAAGAUAGCAGGGACUUGUCUGGCACAUUUUGAU